AUGGCUUCCGGUCAGAAGAAUGUUAUCACCCUGAAUGAUGGAGGAUAUUCGAAUGUGCUCAUCGCAAUCGACAGAAAAGUGCCAGAGAAUCUGACCAUCAUCGAAAAUCUUAAAAGUAUGUUUACAUCAGCAUCCCUGCGCCUCUACGAUGCCAGCAAGAAGCACGUCUACUGGAAACACAUCAAGAUCCUUGUUCCAAACACCUGGUCCAUCCAGAACCAGUACAGUGUUGCUACUACCGAAUCGUCAAGAUCUGCUAAUAUCAUCGUCCACGACUUCCCAGAUGACGAACCGUACGUCGACAACCCAGAAGGUUGCGGAAAGGGAGCUCUGAACCUGAUGCACCUGACGCCAAAGUAUAUUCUUAACGAGCAGUAUAGACACGCCAAGUUUGGAAAUACAAGUAACGUCCUAGUACGAAGCUGGGGGUACCUCCGCUGGGGAUUGUUCCCGGAGAACUAUGUGGGCAAAGGAGUCGAUUAUCCUUUGUACAACACGUCAAGUAAUCAUGGUAAUAGCGUUAUCCCAGAUGAAAAUAGGACCCAGGGGACCCGGUGCUCUCUCGAAGUCAAAGGAGAAAUACUGUUUCCAAAUAAAAGUAAUUGCAGUAAAAAUAACCUGGGUUUUUAUCAUGGAGAUUGCCUCUUUUUCCCUUAUGGUGAUGAACGUCAGUCUGAGUCAGCGACAGCUUCCCUUUUGUUUGCGACCAGAGAUGUCCAUAUAAAUUCGGUAGAAGGAUUCUGCGAGGAUGAUGAUAAUCAGUCGGAGGGGAACCGACACAAUACCGAGGCUAAAAACCUAAUGAAUCACAUGUGUGAAGGCAAUAGUUCAUGGAAGGUCAUGCGAGACAAAACAAACGACUUUCCAGAUUAUGUCCCAACAGUUUCUAACACCACACCGGAUUUUGAGGUCCUCCAAGUCUCUCAGGUCAGAAGUGUCGUCCUUGUGCUUGACAUCAGUGGUAGCAUGGCAGUACUCGGCUCAUAUUCAAAAGGUGGAUACAUCUUACUUUUAAGUGAUGGCGGUGAAAAUGCAUCUCCAUACAUCAUAGAAACAAUCGAUGAAAUUGAGAGCGCGGGUGUCAUCAUUGAUACGGUAACCAUAAGUAACUCGGCUGAUCAGCAGAUGGAGGACUUGUCCAGGAACACUGCUGGCAGGUCCAGUUUCUGUCUUGAUACCGGGACCGGAAACUGUUUAAUCCAACAGUUCCAGGAUACAGUAUCGACCAGACCGGAUGUGGGCGUCGGAAAACAUCUCAUUCAGGUUUGA